GCACAUUCUGUACACUCUGUAGCAGCACCGACGGUCUGAAGUGCGUCCCACGGCGCGGUGCACACUUUCCAACACCUCAUGAAGCUUCCAUGGGGCGGAAGGUACACAAGACCGCAGCAACUUCAUCUGCCAUUAUUGACUGCAUGACCGCGAUCAGCUUCACUCACAUUGGCUUUGAGGCACGACGGAGAGUUUGCUCUGCAGGCUGAAAGACGCUCACACUGUAGGGACACAACUCCGUGGACCUGGCCGUGUCUUUAUUGGUGUCCACCAGCACUCUUUGAGCUCCAGUGAGUUGGCCUGCCCUCCACUAAGUUGAGUCAGGAGACCUUGCAGGAGGAUGGUGGUGCAGAUCAGGGUAGCCCAGCAGAGACAGGCGCUCCUGUGGCUCAUCGUGGUGACUCAGUGUCUGUCAGCACUUGGUUGUGGACCCCAUUAUGAAUAUGCCAUCGAGGAGUUCUGUCUGGCCAAAUUCAGGCUGGACAUGCAAGAAUUGGAUCAGAAAAGCUGGUGCAGCUGGGAGGACACCGUCGAACUCUACGGGGAGCUGACUAACUGCACAUACCUGGUGGCAUUAAAGAUGGAGUGCUUUUGGCCUAACCGGCUGGUGGAUGAGUUCUUCAUCCGAGUGCACAAGCAUUACUUCCACAAUUGCUCGCUGUCAGGGCGACUGCUGAGGGACCCGCCCAACCGCAUCCUAGGUCCUUUCAUCGUGAUGCCCAUCCUGGUCACCCUACUCAUGACUGCCCUAGUGGUGUGGAGGAGCAAACGCAGUGAAGGCAUUGUGUAGUCGAGGAAAUGAAGUUGGGAUUCUAUGGACCGGUUUCCCUAUCCCCUUUGGUGCUGGAACAUCACUUUGAAGUCUCAUCCAAAUGCCACUUCAAAUGAUAUCAUUUCUUUGAGGUGAAUAUGGACUGACCUCUUUUCCUGGACUUCAAACCAUUGCUGUGAAUGACGGAUGUGCUUGUAGUGACAACAAUAAAUAUAAGACCGCUAUUUAUAUGACCUGAAACCAUCGACCGAGCUGGAAAAUAACAGGACACAUUUUUUUCAGUGAAAUCUGUCUGUCGGUUCGUUAUAAUGUACAUCUACAUGACAUGUACGUACGUAGUGAAAUUAAGCAGUGUUUCUAUUUAAAUUGUGUUGUUCUGUACCGGAGCCCUCAAUGUGCCUGUGGAUUAUUUUCCUAGAUUAUUAUCUGUCUAAUCUACGGUGAUGCGGACUCUACAUCGCUCUGUCAUGGUGAAGCGAGAGUUGAGUCAAAAGGCAAAGCACUUAAUUUACCGCUCCAUCUCCAUACAUUGGGUAGUGACUGAAAGGACAUAAUCACGGGUACAAGUGGACAAAAUGAGUUUCCCUUAAGAUGAGAUGAGAAGCAUUGGGGGGAGAUUCAGAGUCGAGCCGCUGCUCCUCCACAUCGAGAGGAGCCAGAUGAGGUGGCAAGAAGAUGGAUGAAUGGAUAUUGGAAAGUAAAGGAAGAAGCACCAGCUGUCACAAUAACAUUUGUAAGUAUGGCUUUCAAAAGCAAUGGAGAAAGGCAAAGUCCAAAUUACACAUAUAUUUUAUGAUAUGCAAGUGAAUUAAGAUGAUAUCCUCAAUCAUUAUAAGAAUAAUAAAAAUGACAAUGAAGAAAGCACAACAAAAGGAAUGGAAGUGUUGGAUCACUGUUAACUGUUGCCAAUGCCAAAAGCAAAUCUUUUGUAUCAUGGACCUCAGCUUUGUAUUGAUUAUGAUCUACCAGUGUGGUGGCGUGUGCGAUGUGAACUGUUUCCUCGUUGAUAUUUUUGAAUGCUCUUUUUCCUCUAAAGGUUCAUUGAGCUGUAACCUUGCUGUCAGCACAACACACACAAACACACCCACUCCACUCUAAAAGGAUCUGACUUUGUAUUUUGUGCCAAAAAUCUCUUGGAAAAUGGGAGUCAGGAAGUAUUUUUUAAGUCAAUUAUUGAACUGUACUACAUGAUCAGGAAGAAAACCUUUAAUAAAGUCUCUUAUUGUCAGAUGUCAUCAGAACUGGGGAUUCGGUUUCCUCGGAAGUACAGUCAUCCCUCGCUUAUUGCGGUUAAUUGGUUCCAGAUAAGUGAAUUUCCGCAACAUAAGAGUCAGAGCAUAGAAAACCUGUUACCUGUGACCAUUAUUAGAGUCAUGUAGACAUGAAAUAGCACCCCUAUAGUCAGAUUUACACUAUUUGUGUCAACACCCACACUAAUACGCAGGGUACAGGAUCACUUCAGGGACAUGACAGACAGCCGCCAUUCAUUGCAUAUACAGUAGCAAAAUACCAAACUAACUAGUUAUUGAUUUAGUUGUUCCAAACUUAAGAAAGAGUUUCAAAUGGAGUGGAGAAGAAGUACAACAUAAGUAAAAAAUGUAUGUUUCACACGGAAGGGAAGAAAAAAUAUUUUUCAUUAUUCACUAUUCUUCACUCCAUGCGGAGUAUUAAGGUAAUGUAAUAUAAAGGUAGCAGAGAGUGACCAGGAUGGAUAGGAUCAGGGUGGAAAGGAUGUCACACAGGUGUAUUUUACAUGAUGUUCUCUGAGAUUGCAAUAAACUGAAUUAUUUUCAUUUUACUGAUUAUUUCAGUCAUCCAUCCAUUAAUUUGCUAUGGUGGAGCAUAGUGGGUAUGCUGGAGCCUAUUCCAGCUGUCUUUGGGCAAGAGGCGGUGCACACCCUGGACUGCUCACCAGCCCACAGGGCACAUGUAGACCAACAACCAUUCACAGUGUUUUGGGAUUCAGUCCACACACAGUUUUAUAGAUGAAGCCUUUGGUCCUACACAACCAAGACCUUCUGGCUAGUUUGGAGCUUUCAUUGGUGAAUUAAAUACUGUCCUGCUGUUAUGAUGUUGCAUUAUUUGCAGAGCUUCUGGUGCUAAAUCACAGUAUGUUAAUCUGUCAUCAGAUACACACCCACACUGGAAAUGCUAACCUAAUCAAUGGCAACAUGAUGCCGAUAUCUUGUGGAAACAUGAUUAUAGUUAAUGUAAUUACAACUACAUAGUGAAAUUAGAUGGCGAAAAAGGAGGGAUAUAUUUGGGGAUUUGGGGACUUCUAGAAGUGUUUAUUUGUUCAAGAGAAUGAGGCACCAAGCCACUCCUUGGUAAUAUUGGACACAGAACAAACAAGGGCAAGAUGUAGAUACAGAUUCCAACACAAAACCUUUCUUGACUGAAAUAAUCAGAAUGGAUUGAAAAAAAACUUGAAAUAAUCCACAAAGUCCAAAAAAUUGCAGUAAUACAGCAGAAAAUAAGUGAUUUCAUAUAUAUAUGUUUUUUAAUUUUUUUGCAUGUUCUCCCCAUGCGUGUGUGGGUUUUCUCCAGGUACUCCGGCUUCCUCCAACAUUCCAAAAACAUGUUAGGUUAAUUGGUGACUCCAAAUUGUCCAUAGGUAUGAAUGUGAGUGUGAAUGGUUUUUUGUCUAUAUGUGGCCUGUGAUUGGCUGGCGACCAUUCCAGGGUUUACCCCGCCUCUCGCCUGAAGACAGCUGGGAUAGGCUCCAGCAUACCCACACAAGGAUAAACUGCAUAGAAAAGGGAUGCAUGGAUAGAAGUUUGACUCCGGACAAACUGCUCUCCAUCAUGGACAACCCCACCCAACCACUCCAUUGGACAACAGAGGGGCAGUGACGCUCAUUCUCUCAGAGAUUCCUGCAGUUCCGUUCACACAGUAAACACUGCAGGACUUCAUUCAUUCCACAUGCCGUCCAGGUCUACAGUACCUCACCUGAGUGUACAAGAUAAUCCACCACAUUAUUGCACUGUACUAUCAUCAUCUCUUGUAUAAAGUGUACAUUUAGGUUGUAUUUACCAUAUUGUUACAGACUAUUUAUGAAUAUGCAAAUAUUGUUUCUUAUAUUCUUUUAUUUAUCUUAUUUUAUUAUAUUUUUGUCUUAUUGCAUUAUUGCUUAUUUUUCUUCUGCAAUUGAUCUACUGUAAACCAAUCAAUUUCCCUUAUGGAUCAAUAAAGUCUGUCUAAGUCUAACAUGUAAGUACUGUAUAGGCCCACCAUAGUAAAACAAUGUAGUUACAUAAUCUGUGACAAACGAAAAAAACUGCAGUGACGUAGUGUUGGUUGACUUUGGUCCUACGUGAAUUAAUUCAACAAAAGGCUGAAAAAAUUAAUUGUUGGAGUUCCAAAUUGAUGUUUUUGCAACGCCUCUGCAGUUGCGUCACGGUGUGAGUAUUGACCUUGUGAAAGUGUUUGCUGUGAAAUGCUUCAGAUGGCACUUGAUGAGAACCAGGGCACCCACGUGUGCAUGCAGCCUCUUUCAAUGGUUUGUUUGGAAGAGAAGAGCAGCCAAACAUACAUACGGUAUAUCACAGGCUUGUACAACGCUAGCUUCUUCUUCUUCUGGAUGGAUGUUUAGUCUUUUAGUGCACACACACCGUCACCUGACAUUUCCUGUGUUUUUAAUACUUGUGGUUUCUACCCUGAAAUCAUACUUAGUGGUGUUAUGAAGGGAAGCCAGUCAGCUAUCUUUGGACUUCACUGAGGUCUUCCAGUGUUACAACGCUGGUUUACUUGUAACCCUACAUUGUGGAUCACCAUGGCAACUUCAGUCAGGUUCAAAUGCUCCAAAGCAGUUUAACUCCUAAAGGAGGAGAAGAUCAGUGCCCUGGCAAUUCUACCAUGUAUUUUACAAUAAUCUGAAUUUGAAAUCCAGUAUUUUCACAGAACACCGAAAACACCACAACCAAAAGAACUGUAAUUUGAGACUUAAUGUGAAUAUACAUUAGACCCCUGCCACUACUCACAUGCGCCACUGUACCCUACGCUGGCUCACUCCUCCCCUUGCAAACCAUUGUGUUCGCUUGACUCCUCUCCUCUGAUUUUAGAUCAACAUUUUCUAUAAAAGUGACUAUUAUCAUGAUGAAAUCAGAAUAUAAUCAGCUCCAGAACCGCCCCUGCAAUUGCUUGCAGGGAAGGAAGCAAACUAACUACUGCUGUAAUAUUAUGCCGUAUAUUUUAUGCUUUAUAUUAGUCAAAGGUUUAAAUAUGAACACUGCUAGUGUUAGCUUACUGCUUCAUACUGGACAACAUCAUGUCUUUCACAGAUGUCUCCAUUGCCAUACGUGUUGUUUUCAGCAACCCAACAUUCCCAGGCAGUGUAUUUCUGUCACUUCUGACAUUUCCCAUUGGAACCUCUGCUCGAUGAGAUUGAAACAAGAUGUCGCCUGAAAAAUGAUCAUCGAACACCGGAUGCAAAACUAUCAGAAGUGCAAUAUUCACACAACAGUGGCUUUCACCUGGCGCUCGUCCAACCCUCAGUAUUUGCACUUCCACCAUUCCCCAAAGAUACUGCAACCAGCACACUAAUCCCCAGUGGUGCCAUUAGGGACUGCAUUGAAAUCAUCCUUUUUCCACUGGGCUUCAAGAACUUGAAUGUUUGGUCCAUGUGUGAGCUUGUGUCAGUGUUUCUUGUCAGUUAUAUAACAUGGCUUCAUGGGACCGAUCUCACACGAUGGACAUGCUGGUCUUGCUGUGGCCUAGUCUACUGUCAUAGUCACAUAGAGGGAGCACAGGACAGUCAAACUGAAUUUUUGCUCAAGUGAUCAGCUCUUGUAUUGGACAUCAUUAAAUUGUGCAAGUUGACUUAAUCUUGCUGGGGAGUGAACUGUAAAAUAUAGAUACUGUUGUAGCCAGUUAAACAAAGACUAGUUCAAGUAUAUUUAUUUUUCUAUGUGUUUCGACUUUUAUUUCAUUAGGACCACCAACUUUAAAGAUAAUGUGCCGACCAUGAUUAAUGAAUUUCCGCAAAGUAGGAUUCCUUAUUCAUAAAUAGAAUAUUUUUGUAUCUAAAACCUGUUUUAACAUUAUUAGAGCCCUCUAGACAUGAAAUAACACCCCUAUAGUUACUUUUACAUUCAUAUUCUCAAUAUAGUAGACAUAAAAUGGACUCAUACGUUAUCAUUUCAAGAGU